AUGUUAACUAAGCAGGGUUAUUUUAAAAAAUUGAGGGAGAUAAUGGAAAUUGCUAUGCUUAUGGAGGGGGAACAUGAAUAUUCUUAUUGGUUACAAAAAGAACUUCAAGCAGUACAUAAAAAAGGAAAUAUUACUGGAGUUAUCAAAUUUUUAUUCCUCCAUAUUGAUAAGGAUAUGGGCAAAAUUAUGGAGCUUUAUAAAAAAGAUGAGUUAGAAAAAGAUUUGAAAAUGUUUGAAAAUCGUUUCUAUGGAGUUAAUAAUUUUCUUAUGGCUUACAAGCAAAUUUUGAGUCAAAUUCAAGAUGAAAGCAAAAACUGCUAUACUGUAACUGAAAAGGAGCAUAAAUUGUUGAGCGAAUUGGAAACUUUGGAAUUGAAAGAUGAUGCAAAAUACUCCCGGAUAUAUAAAUUGCUGCUAGAAUUGAUCAAUACAAUAUUGAAAAAAUACAAUGGAAAUUUUCCUGAAAUUCCGGUAGAGGAUAGCGAAGAACUCGAUUUAAGAGAGGAGGUGGUAACACCAAAUAAAGAAGCAGAACUUGGAGACUUAAUUAGAAGUUUGAUCGAAAAAUAUUUGUAUAAUGUAAAUUUAUCGGACCUGAAUUUUCGAGGUCUUUUUAGCGAGUUAAGAACAAAUUUGGUUAGUGAAGAAGAAAAGGAAAACAUAUUGAAAGAAGCUAACGGAUAUAGAAAACUUGAACAUAAAAAGGAGGUUGAUAUAUUUAAAAGAACGAAGAAAAUGAUCGAGUUUAUUGGAAAAGAAAUUGUAGAUUUUAAAAAGAAGUUGAAUGAUUUUAAAGAUGAACUGAUAAUACAAAAAGUGAAAAUCUCUGAAGACGAUAAAAUGUUUCAUGAUAAAAUUGAAAUAUUUCAAGCAGUAGUAGACAAACUUAUACAGAAAUAUUUAAGUCCUUUUAUCGAUAUAAUUAGUUUUGGAGAUAUUGGAAGGUUGAGUGAGACUAUAAUAAACGAUGAAUUUACGAAAAUGGACGCAGAAGCAUCAUCCUCAAUUAGAAUUACAAACGAGGAAAUUAAAUCUAAUUUUGAAAUUGGCCAGAAUGCAUCUUCGGAGAUUGAAGACAAGAAAAAAGGUUGA